AUGUCCGAUCCCGGAUACCAUGACUUGCCUUCAAACGGGCUUCACCUUCAAAGGAGAGUAACCGAUCUGCGGACAGCAAGGCCAAUGAAGAUCAAAUUGCCGGGGUCUGAGUCGUGUCUUGUCCUGGAGUCCUCUCUAUGCCUCUCAUGUCCUUCUUUCCUUCGCUUGGGACUCACUAGCACACUCCUUGCUGCUUUCCUGCUGUUCAAUCCGUCCCUGAGCUUCUACUGGAUGUCAUACCGGGCAUUCAGUCUUCAGGUUCAGAAUGCGUCGAAAGAAGCCCGGAUAGCCUCUUCUCGGUACUCAACUGCUGGGUUUUUUGGUUCCUGCCCAGCCCAUCUGUCCCCGGAAGGUGAGCAACUCGCUGAGCGAGAAGAAAGCCUAUCCAUGCCAUUUUUAAGAUUAGCUUCAUCCCCGUCCAAUCCGAAACUGGAUAGCUAG